GAGAGGGGGAGGGGGUUGAGAAUGCAGAAGAAGCAACAGCUUGAGAUUUCUAGGGAACCGGACGAAAGGCAAGUCUGAGCAGCUCCUACAAGAUAAUGAAGUACAGAGGGAAGGAUGAGGUGGAGAAGCAUGGAAAAAUAACAAAGAUGCCUUAAGGGAACAUAGUGGCCAAGAAAGGAGCGGAGGAAUUUGUUCUUGUGCGAGACAAGAAGACGAGAAGAAAGUGGGCUGGUAGAUUAAGAGAAGAGAAGAGAAAAGCAGCAGAGAAGUGAUAAAAAGCCAGGCCUGUCAGUGGAGAAAAGAGAGGGAAAAAGAGAGCAAGUGGCAGUUAAAUUAAGAGGAGGGAGGGAGGGUGAGGAGAUUAACAGUCUGAGAGAAAAAGAGAGAGAGAGAGAGAGAGAGUAAAGAAAAGGGUGCAGUCGUCAAGAAACAGACUCUGGGAUAAAAUAAGGAGAGGACGGCAGAGCACAAGAGGAAGUCGCUGGCAGCAGGAACAUCCGCAUUUAAAUGAGAGUUUACAAGCAUGUCAGCGGCUAUGUGUGCGCCAAAGCUUGUGUGUGAGAGUGCAUGCGCGUUAUGAGGACUCUUAUGCUGUGGCUCCUUCCUGUCAUCCUUCUGUGUUCCUUCUGCAGUGUGGCCUUCUGGAUAUUCCUCUCUAACAAUAAUGUAAUCCCUCAACCUUCAUCUAGGAUUCCUCAAAAAAGCUCAGAAACAAAAUCUUGCAAGGGAUGCAGCAAAGACAAUGUAUUAAUUGCCAAGGCACUGGAGAACUACUCACACAAAUGGAAAAGACAUGAGGCAAACUUUAAAAAAUUCAGGUCAUUACUGAGUAGCAAAUGCCAUGCUGUGUCAAAGGCUGUGGUCACACAGAAUAACACCCCUCUGGGGUCAAAUGUUAUCUAUGAUGGAGAGAGGAGAAAGCCGCUACAGGUGACACAAGCCCUGUUCAACAUCUUAGCUAAGGAGCAGCCCUUUGGAAAUGCAACAUGGGAGUCAUGUGCUGUGGUGGGGAAUGGAGGUAUUUUGGCCAACAGCAGCUGCGGAGAAGAAAUUAAUUCAGCCCAGUUUGUCAUUAGAUGCAACCUUCCGCCAUUGGAUAACAGAUAUGAGAAAGAUGUGGGCAACAAAACCAACCUGGUGACUGCAAAUCCCAGCAUCCUCCAUGAGAAGUACAGUGGACUGAUGGAGCGCCGUCGUCCAUUUGUGGAAAGCCUUCGUCCUUAUGGACAAGCCUUAUUGCUGUUGCCAGCCUUUUCCUACGGUCACAACACACCUGUAUCCCUGCGUGCCUUUUACACACUGGAGGACUUUGGCAGCAACAACCUGCUGCCCAUUUUCCUGAAUCCAGAAUACUUGAGGAGGUUGUCGAAGUUUUGGCGUGAGAGAGGCCUUAACUCUGUUCGUCCCAGCACAGGACUCAUCAUGGCCAGCUUAGCACUAGAAAUCUGUUCGAACGUCCAUUUGUAUGGUUUUUGGCCCUUCAAUAAACAUCCAAAUGACAGUCGGCCAAUCACCAACCAUUACUACGAUGAUCGGGAGAGCAAGAAGAAUGUGCAUUCUAUGCCAACCGAAUUUGAACAUUUAUUAAAACUUCACAAGCAAGGUGUGAUUCGUAUACAUCUGGGCGAGUGUCAACCCACUCAUAGUUAAAAGGCCUUGCCUGCAGUGUACUGCACACCCCUAAAGAAUACCUCACAGUUUGAUUAAGGACUACAACAGGCCACCUGGAUGGGUGUCUGGAAAGACACAGCUGUGAAUGCGCACUGAAUUGAUAUUGCCUAUAUUGCUGUGCACAUUUGCUCAAAGCAGCAGCCAUGACCAUGCACAAAAAAAAAAAAAAAGUCAUGUUUUUUAAGUUACUUUGACAUAAUCUUGCACACAAAAAUAGCUGAAAGUGAAUGUAAUUGUUUUAGCCUUGGUAUACUGUGAAAUAAUUUAAUUAAGAAAAUGACUUCUAGAGCAGCACCCCUAAACACUCCUUAAGCAGACUUGCCUUAGUCAGCUUUUAACAUGCUCGCUGUUGGUGCUCUUCCAGCUCGGUUGCAUUCAUCACACAAGUGCCAGUUUGUCCUCUUUAGCAGUGAAUGUGAAUUUGAUCUCAGGUGUGCAGAAAUAGCUGUAACAGGACUCAGAUCUCAGCUAGGAGAUCGCAGAAAUGUCUGGAUGAUUGGAAACACGAGACUACAUUUACACUGAGAAAAAAUAGGAAGCAUGAAUGUGGGUUAGCACAUACACACAUUAGCACUCUCAUAUAUUACUGAGAGUAAAAAUACGAGUUGUAAAAGCUGGCAAUAGUGGCAAAUUUCAAAUGUGCCAAUUCUGAAUGGCCGGUCUGAGCACAGACAGCAAUCACUGUAAGUAACUGUAAGUAAGUAAAACUAUUAAAUAUCAA